UCUUGUUCUCUUCAGCCGCCAUAUUCAACUUCCUCAGAGCAAGACCUUUUAAACAAAAGCGUCAUAUUUUCAAUGUCUUCGAGAAGAUCACCCAUGGUUGAAGACUUGAAGCAGUUGUAUAGAGCUGAACUUGUUGAGAUUUCUGAACAUCUGACCAAAGAGGAAUUUAAAAAACUCUUAUAUUAUUGCACAGAUUACAUUUCGGAGAGUUCUUCGAGCAGCUUCUCGACGCCGGAGGAAAUUUUUCGGCGCUUGGAGGAAAAGGAAAAAAUUUCGUACGAGAAAUUAGGCUUUCUGACGAAAUUCGCAGACAAGAUUGGAAGGAACGAUCUGGUCACAAAGCUUAACAUAUUUGAAAUAACAAGGGAGCUGAUGAUUUUUGCUUUGAACAGGCAAGGAUUAGGAGCAACCAUUAAUUCGUCGACCACAAGUGUGGGUCAUCGUUUAGCAGAAAUGGCGGAUGUAGUCCAAGAUCGAGUUGAUGUACGAGCCCAAGGAAUGAUCAAUUCCCUCCUUGGGUCCGGGAAAAAUGUCUCCAACAUUUUGGACGUAAUCAUCCGAGAAGCUGUGCCUGGCUCAGAUGAAACCCAAAACUGGAACGACCUGGCUUUGUGCUUCGUCAUUGCAGCGGGAAUUGUCUGGUUGGUGCCCAGAGAGAACCAAGAAUCAGACAACGAUGCAUUACAGGUCGCCAUCGACCUGGCCAGUCAUCUUUGGUCUAUGAUGGCCAAAAUUGGAACAUGGGUGAGUGGAAUUUAAUUUUAAAUCCUUAGCUAUUCCUUGCAUUUGAGUCUCUGUAAUCGAACUAUUUUUAGAAACAUACAAACAACUAUGUAGAAUCGAAAGCGGAAAUGGAUCAACUGUUGACACCAUUCUAUGAAACUUAAAGAUUACCAUUCAAAAAAGAUUUCUAUGAAAUGGUUUGACCGGAUGAAGUCAACGUUUCUAUCUUCGCAGCAUUCUCUAAGAAACAUCGAUUAGCUCCAACAGAAUCGUAAACACGCGAGGCCGUUCAAUUUUCACGGGCAUAUCUGAAAUAUUAUGCUAAUUGAUAACUUCGAACCACUAUCGAACCCCUCAGGAACUUAGCGAUUUCCAGUUUUUUAUCAACGGGAGCUGUGAUUUCUUGCUUGCACUGAAUUUGAUGCGGUCUAAAGCCAAGAAAUAGACUUAAAUACAGGGUGACCCCCUAAAGAAGUGUGCCUGGCUUGUUCGCUCGGUAGUUGAAAUAAUGGGAAAGAGAAAUGUUAUUGUCUACUGGUAGAGAUAUCUGCAUAAUUUUAAUUAUUUGAGGGUUGUCAAGGGACAUAGCAAAUAAGUCUAAUAUCUGUGAACAAUUCAAGAGGAGUUGUGAUAUAACAAUAAUUAGUGGCCAAGAGGUAAACAACUCAAUUAUUCGUUGUAUGAGUUUAUAAAACUAAUUAAAUAAGUAAGAUGAAGUCGAGUGUUGCGAAUUACAUUCGGACAAUGGCCUUUAUAACGAAUUCUGCAAGACUACAGAGUAUCAUAUGUUGCUUUCAUAUGUAGGAUGAAUUUUGCAAAUUUGUCCGUAAGCGACACACUGGAUACAGUUCAGUUCCUGAGCCAGCGACUGACUCUCCGUGGAAGAUGACGUUAAUCGACUUGAUUGAGAAGAUGAAGGAAAACUUCUUUAAUGAAAAACAAGGAUAAGUAGCAUCCAAUUUAACGUAGUCAUAGAUUAAUUUAGCAAACAUUUGUGGGAUAAAAUAUCUGAGCACUUAAGAAAGGAGUAGAAAGAGUGAACUGAAACAGAUAGCUGGUUCAUUUUUCUCUUUGUAUCGAAUAUUUCAACGUCGUUAACUUGAAGAUAAUUUUUUUCAAGGGUCUACAAUUUUCUUAUCGGUCUGGGUCUGGGUCUUGGUCUGAGUCUGGUAUCCAUGUGAGCAGCACAAAUUUGCAUACUGACCAUUUUUAUGGUUUUAUUACUAGGUUCGAUGAGUCGAGAACCAAUCAACAUGCUACAAGCAAGGAAGUGAUGUCUUCAUGUUGGACACCAACUUCCACCUAUCCAGACUUGCGGUUCCUUUUUGUGAACCAGUUGGCAAGAAAUGACUUCUAUGCAAUGGAAGUUGCAAAAACCAUACAACCGUAGCUAUGGCUACGCUCUCAUAUAACUGAUAUGCCUUAGAGCAUUCAAAUCCUGCUGGGCUCAAUUUAAGGAGGGGGCAUUGGGGUCUAUUAAAAACCGCAAAAGCGUAAAAUCCUGAUGCCCCCCUUUAAGCUCACACUGAUUUGCUCCUGAGGAAGAUGAAUAUGGCGGCUCAUUUACGUUGUAACAACGGCUCAUGUUACCACAUUUGAGCACAACAUAAGUCUUAUUUACAAGGUAAGUCUUAUUUCCAUGCUCACUACCGGUCAGACGAAAAGAUCCAAAUGACCCAAAAAACCGAUAGAGAAAGACCCAAACUGAUAAAGUAACAAAGUUAGGUCGACAUCUUAAGUAGUGGGUAGUAGUAGAUAUAAAUUUAGGUUGCCGAGUUUCGAUCAAGCAUGCUAUAUCAAAAGAAGGAAUAAAUUCGUCGUAAUAGAUACUUAACUCUCAAAUGAUAUUUAAACUGUUAUAGUAUAGUGAGAGUGUACACUCAAGGGUUUUAUAGGUCCUUCACACAAUUAGUGGGAGAAAGUAGUUAAGGUGAUUUUUUCGCUUUUUUUAAGAAUCUAAUGCUUUUUGAAGUCCCAUGUAGAGUAAACUUAUGUUUGAAGCUUGUGUCUUCUAGAUACCCGUCUCAAAGGUAAUCAGGUAAUUUUUUUUGUAGUAUUUUGGCAUUCUGGAAAUAUAGCUAAAUGUUUUUCGAUACUAUGUGUCGCGAUGAUAGUUUAGUAGAAAGUUGCCCCUUCCGACUGAAAUUCCUGCAAAUAAAAGGUUAUUAACCCCAAAGAUAUGAUUUGCGAACAUCUAAAAUUAUUAUAUGCCACAUUUCGCCGGCACGUUCCAGAAUUCUCAGUGACAACUGUAGGAAUGCGAGCGGGAAUUAUAGGAUUAGAAUCUGUAAUUUGCACAGUGUUCUUGAGUGAGACAUUCUACGCGGUUCAGGAUGGACUAAUGUCGGCCUUGACUGGAUUGAAUCUCCCGAUCUCCCAACGUGUUCGUGAGAGGCAAAGAUUGAUCCUGGCGCUCUUAUAUGUUGUGGCUAUAUUGCAUGGCGCUCACUGAGAACUGUUUUUAUUAUUUUCUCAAGGUAAGGUUUAAGGCUCUCAUCAUUACUCACUCAUUACUCAAUCACUCCAAUCGUUAUUAUGUUAUCAUUCAUUACCGCAUCGGACGACACCUUUAGGCCCGGUUAUCUCUUAACCCUUUACACCCUAACAUCAGUAUGCAAACUCUCCAUACUAUGCUCUACACAUUUCCUAAGGUGCUGACAAGGAGAAUUUGUUUAACAACCAAGAGCUUGAUUCGUUAGUGAUCAUUUCCUUUAUUCUCGUGAUCUAGAUGCGUGAUUCGGGGAUGAUAUUGUAAGGAGAAGUUAGGUGUUAAUCACCCUUAGAGGUUAAAGAUUUCAGCUCCUGAGGUAACUUACACUAGGCAUUUUAGGGUAAAAAAUCGUAGUACUCAAUAGCCUACACCAAUGCUCUUGUCAUUAUCAUUAUCAUUAUCAUCAUCGCCAGCGUCGUCAUCAUCAUUAUCAUUACUUUUAUCUGGUGUUAUGUUUUGUGUGUUUUUCUUGUUUUGUUUUCUGAGAAAUGUUUUGCACAGAUUUCUGGUCGAAGUCUUCAUCGUGAUCACGCAAGACUGCGUCGUUGACGGAGAACCUGGAACUUGCUACUUUCGUCUGUAUGACCCUUUGAACGUUCCUCGUUACGCCUAUGGAAACCAUCAUGAUGUCCUGGGUGUCAGCAUACUUCUAGUAAAGCCCAUCUGCUGUGCGCUGUUUCUGCAGUAUUUUCUGGAUUUCUGCAUCAUAUGCAUCAUCUCUUUCUGUGCAACCAAGUUGUUAAGUUGUUGCAUGAUCUCGAAAGCGUUGGUUCAGCAAAAGGCCACCCCACAGUUGUUACAGUCAAACAGAGAGGGUCCUCUUUUGCGUUCUCGCCCUCCAAGUACCGAAAGGAACCGCUCAAGGCACAGUAUCUCAAACAUUUAAUGGAAAGAACUGAUAUGAACGAUUUCUCAAAAUUGAAAUAUUUGUUUUUCAUUAGCCAUUACAAUUUUCUUGGAUUUUCGCAGUUUUCCCCUUGGCGAUCGGUUUAUUGUCAUUUUCAUCGAAAAGAAUGGGACUUAUUAGUUAAGGGAGGCACAGUCAGUGGUAAUCUCAAUUUCCAGAUUCAGUAUUAUCCAACGGCGUUACUAAAAUUAUAAAGGAAUUCUUCACCGCUUUCUUUAGGUUAUGGCUGGUAUGUAUUUAGACCGAUAUCUGCCUCCGUGACUUUGAGACGUUUGGUUUCGGUUGAUAAGCUUUGGUUUAAUGUUCUUGUAGGGAUUACUUUUUGCAAAUAUUGGCAUUCGUUUAUCUGUGUAAAUGAUUUAUUAUGUAGGAAACCCUAAAUCCCCAAGGGUGGCACCACUGCUUUGGUCGGGGGUACACGUUCCCCGUUUUGUUCCAUCUGCUGCAUGGUUUUAGGGGUUUUCGUGUCCGGCUUUGGUGCAUUUGCUCUUUUUUUUUAAUUUGUAGCACAGUUGAUAUCUAUAAAUGUGUUGUAGCUAGAUAAAAAGCAUCUUUUACUUCAUGGAAAAAAGGAAUGAAAAACGUAGAGUCUAAAAAAUUUGAAAUACCCGCUCGACUAUGUAAAUAUGUAAAAAAAAACCAAAACAGAAAACAGUGUAAAUAGCAAUAAAAAAAAAGUAUUAUUUAAAUACAUCAUAUCGAGGUUUGAGUUUCUAAGCAGCAGUAGAAGACCAAACAAGUGCAGCGACUAGGGGCAGCUAUACGUUGACUAAAGCGCAAGCGCUCUUUCUAGCGAGUAUUUCUGUAAGCUCCUUAAUGCCCCGUGGGUAAAUAAGCUCACUUAUCACUCUUCCUUAGAAUGUUAAAAUGUCAUUAGAAAAAAAAAAUGGAAGAGGACGGAAAAAGAAUAGAAUCGUGGGAUUUUAGUAAGAUAUGAUCAUGACUUAAGCCUUGGUUAGAAUCAUUAGAUCACUGACGUUUUUCUCUCCUUAAUGAAAACAUGCUAUUUUUCAUUCUUUCAGAAUUAUCUACCUCCCCCCUCCCCUCCCCGCUACACUUUUUGUGAUUCCUAGGUCAUCCGAGGUAUAUUCAGUAACCUUGUUUUUGUAACGAUUAAAAAUUUUCCCUCAGAUGUAGAUUCCACAUUUCAGUCAAAAAUCUAGUUCACUGCCACCCCCCUCCAACCCCCUCACGUUUUCACCAUUCCGUCUAGGGUUGGACAUCAAACUAAGGAUCAGUUAUGGUUGGCAAGUUCAGUUGGGAAAGGAAAAAUAUGCUUUGCUUUGCUUGCCUUAAUUUUCAAGAUAAAGUCUAUCACCAAAAAUGCAACUUAAUAGCAUCUAACCCCACGAGUAAAAACGUGCAGUCUCAAAAAUCUAUGUAGUUUAGCUUUGCUUUCGCCAUCAAAUCCUACACCAAUCUCGUUGGCCAAAAUUGGUUACGAUAGAGAAAAAAAAUGACCUCUUCGCGAGGCUUAAUCAGCAAUUUAUCUCCAAUAUCUUGCAUAGUGUAGGCUGCGAGCAGACUCCCUCUCCGCACUGUGUUAAGGAAUUUUUUUUUGGAUUAAAUCGCGCAUCGAAUAACACAGAGAAAGGGGCCGCAAGGGAUACUGGGAUUGUACCCGCAUUUGUGCACAGCGAUGCCACAAACUGUGCUUUUGCGUGGCAAUGGUUUAGAGAAAAAAUAUCUCUUUUUAUUUUACAGAAAACUAAGAUUCUGAGAUAUAUUGGUUUUAAUAUUUUUGAAGGAAGUUCAUUCAUGUUCCGAAUUUUGCUCCACGUUCCGCAUCUUCAUCUGCUAAUAGGAACCAAUCUUCGACAAAGUCUUUUCGAGUAACCAUAAGAAAAAUCUCUCCGGCCCAGCCCAGUGGCUCAAUUAGCCAAACCUAAAAGCUAAGCUUCGAACGCCCUUUCGCUGAAGUUAAGACUUGUGAGUAAGCGACUGAAAAGAUUCCCCAUCUGAUAAAUUUCUUUGAUCAAAUUUCCGUUGAAUAUAUAUAAAGACGUACAUGCGUCAACCAUAAUAACAUAUGAGGUUUAGAAAUCUUUUGAUUGCAUAGAGAUUCAAUUCGAGAUCGCACAUAAAGGUUUUCAAUUUCGUAUUUCGUUUCGCUUUCAACGCGCAACAGAUUCACCUCGCUGCAGCAUCGGGCACACCGAUUGCAUUUUAAAUUUGUAAAGUUAUUUGAACUAAAUGAAGAGAACUGAGAACGAGACUUACGGAGGUAGGGGAUACCUCUGCCUAAUAUGGCGAUGUUACGUCUGUUUCUGAUAUAAAUAGGGUGCUCGUGUUUUCUUUUGGCCGCCAUAUUCAUCUUUCAAAGAGGGAGAAUUUUAGGGCAACAUUUUCACAAUUUUUGUUAGUCUAUGUUAUUAUUACCUAUGUUAGAGGAGCUAAAGCGUUGGUACCGAAUUGUACUUGUCAAGAUUUCUCAAGAUCUGACUGAAGAGGAAAGGGAAGAACUCUUGUUUUACUGUAAAGACCACAUUCAGAAGGGGUUGUCGAGUAAUUUCUCCGUAGGCGUUCAAAUUUUUGAUCGCUUGGAAAAAGCAAACGUAAUUUCCUGGGAGAAACUUGACUUCCUGACCGAGUUCCUUGGCGCAAUAAACAGGCAAGAUCUUGUAACUAAGCUGACUGCAUUUGAGUUGACAAGAGAACUGAUGAUCCACGUUUUGAAAAGGCAAGAUUCUCAACCACCCAUGACUUCGUCGACCGCCAGUGUGGGACUCCAUUUAGCGGAAAUGGUGAACCAUGUCCAAGAUGGAGUUUAUUUACCGGCCCAAGGAGCGAUCAAGGCUAUCCUUAAAUCCCAACAGAGAGCUUCUAACGUUUUGGACGUCAUCCGCCGGAAAGCAUUGCCUAAAGCCAGAGAAACCGAGCCGAACACCUUCGCGUUGCUCGUCGCCAUUGCAGCCGAAAUUGUCUUGCUGGUGUUUGAUGAGAACCAAAAACAAGAGAAGUAUGCAUUGGACGUCGCCAUCGAGCUGGCUGACCACUUAGAGAAGAAGGUAGCCAACUAUGGCAGUUGGGUGAGUGGA